CCGCCUUCGGCCGUCGUCGGAGGAUACAAUGGGGAACAUAGAUGCCCUAGGACGUUGUUGAAUAGAAAGACUUGGCCGUAGUUGCUUCAAACAGGGGAGCUGUCAUAGUGGCUCAUUUACUUACUUGUGUUGUCAAUGAUACUCUGGAGAGGUUGUCUCUCCCUUUUUAUUUGUCGUUCAGUUAAUAUGCGCUACUGGCAUUGCGCUGUAGUUGAAAGCUGAGGAGUGUCUUUGUGUGGAUUAGCAGCAUCUCGUUUGACAUCGUCAUGGCAUUCAUACCACGACCUACUCGCCGGCGCUUCAUUCUCUUAUUAACCAGCCUCUUCAUCACCCUCAGCACAACCUUUCUAUUACUCCCUCCUACCUCGCCAAUCCGACUCUCCAUCAACUUCAACGCUUCUCGCUUAUUCAACUCCCUCCGAGCAUCAGCCACAGACCGAGACGCUUGGCUACACCAACAACCUCCGCCAUACCCUCUCAAUUUGCGAGACGAGGUCGGCUAUCUCGUAAAAACGGGCUAUGGCACUCGCCAUAGAGUGCCUGCACUCAUGAAGGCUUUCUCUCACGGUGGAAAUAUUCUGAGUAAUGAAAAAAAUAACUUCAUUGUCGUUGGAGACUGGACGCCAAACAAUCAGACAGAUGAUGGGCUGCCUAUUGUGUAUAAUGUUGUGAAUACGAUGAUGAAGACAAAGGUUGAUCUGUCGCUUCAAAGCCACCCCCGCUUCGCCAAGUAUCGCUCCCUUCAAGAAGCAGUCGACUCGGCCGAUGAAGACAAGGCGAGGGAGAUUGGCCAAGAGUUUGGGUGGGAGUUGGACGCGCUCAAGCAAUGGUACAUCAUCCUGGAUGACGAUACCUUCUUGAUCGAGCCCUCAUUGCAUCUACUCUUGAGCCACUUGGACCCCUCAAGGCCAUACUACUUGGGCAACGCCGUAGGUGACUACAAGACUCGAUUUGCACACGGAGGCUCAGGCAUUGUGCUCUCGCGGGAGGUCAUGCGGCGACUGUUCGAUCGCCCUGACAUCGUCGCUCAGUCAUAUAUCGACUCUCUCGAUGAGACAUGGGGUGACCGCCUUGUAGGCCUGACGCUGAUCAAGCUGGGCAUCUAUCUCGACGAGCGGUAUAGCCACCAUUUCAACGGUGAGCCGCCUGACAUGGCCCGCGUCCAGAGAGACCGCUUCUGCUCGCCCAUUGUGUCCUUCCACGGCGCCCGCAGGCCAGGGGCCAUGGAAGCCAUCGGUCAAGCUCUCUCCAACAACAGAGAGCAGCCCGUGAUUUGGGCCCAGCUGUGGCAGCUCUUUGCUGACACUUCACUUGACAACGCUGGCCGCGAGCCGGUACGUCAGAUGCGGGACUACGUGGGGCCGACGGGCGAGGACGCAACGACAUGGGAGAGGAUCGCAUCGGCAGAGGUGUGCCGCAAGAAGUGCCGGAACAGGAAGAGCUGCCUGGCGUGGACUUAUGACAGAGAGAUGCGGACAUGCCGCGCCAGCCCUUGGAUUGUCAUUGGAAACAGCAGCAACGCAGAGACGAACGAGUCUGGGCUUGAUUGGCAAGCGGUGGAGCCUCUGUUGCGACAGUGCGGCCGAGGAUCCUUGUAAAUGUGUGCCUUGCAACCUGUGGGAUUGCCUUUCUGCAGAUGGAUGAACGCCUUGCAAUGGGAUCUGAUCCUAUAGGACAGUCGUGAGACGCUAUCUAUGUUAAUGCAUAGCUGUACAUAUGAUGGGCACGGAGCAGCAUUACCGCUUCGUACAGAUCCCGAAGAGUUUGG